UGUGUGUCAUCAGUAGGCUGGAUAGGGACGAUGGACAGGGUGAAUACAACUUUGCUGUCAAGGCAACGGAUGGAGGAGGGCUCAUGUCGCAUGCCUUUGUCCAAGUGAUCCUGGAAGACAUCAAUGACAAUGUUCCUGUCUUUACAUCACUCAACUACAGAGGUCACAUUGAAUAUGAUGCUGCCAUUGGAACAGAGGUCAAACAUGUGGUCGCUGAAGACAAGGAUGCAGGCGAGUUUGGCCGUGUGACCUAUGCCAUCAACCCUGCUACCAAUGAUGGGACUUUCUCUAUCAAUCAAACUACAGGCCUCAUCACAUUGAUUGGUUCCCUAGACUGGGUCCAACACCCAGUCUAUAACCUUGAAGUCAUAGCUACCGAUGGGGGUGGACUGAUGUCUGCUAACCAUGCCCAGGUUACCAUCACAGUGGCUGGACCAGAUACUUCACCUCCAGAGUUUGAAUCCUCAUCCUACACCUUUGCCGUCCAGGAGAAUGCAGCUCAGGUUCUUGUCGGUAGGGUGAAAGCAACUCAUGCUGAUCCAGGUAUCACGUUUCCAAUUACCUAUACUUUGACAUCCGGUGAUCCCAAUGACUACUUCAGGAUCAACACCACAAGUGGGGAGAUCUUUACAAGAGGUUCUGGACCUGAUCAUGAAGAGCAAGCUUUUGUCCUUGUCACAAUCCAAGCAGCCAGUGGAAUGCCUCCUACCUAUGACGACGUCCAGGUGAACAUUACUGUCACCGAUAUCAAUGACAACAACCCACGCUUCAUGGCACGGACUGUACAUACAAGCAUUCCAGAAAACACACAGAUUGGAACUCCUAUCUAUGUUGCUACAGCCACAGAUCGGGACAGUGGCGACAAUGGAUUGGUGAGAUAUGAACUGGUAUCGAACCCUGGUAACACCUUCGGUAUAAAUGCAGAAACUGGUGAGAUCAGGUUGAUUAAAGAGGUGAGCUUCAACGAUCAGCUAAGCUUCGAGCUUGAAAUCCGGGCAUACGAUGCUGGAACACCUUCUCUCAAAGGUAAUCUGACCCUCACUGUCAUCAUCCUCGAUGUGAAUGACAAUGGUCCUGUCUUCACUCAAAGUUUCUAUCCAGUAUCCAUUCUUGAAAACAAACCAAUCAGCACCCCUGUUGUUCAGGUCGAGGCGACUGACAAUGACCGUGGCGCAAAUGCUCUCAUCACUUACACCCUUACGCCAAACGAUGACUCACCGUACUUUGCAGUCUUUCCUCGUGAGGGAUGGCUCUACACACGACAGGUCCUGGAUCGGGAGCUCAAGUCUGUCUUCAUCCUGAACAUCAUGGCUUCCGACGGUGGUAACCCUCCGCAGAACUCAUCUGCUACUGUCCAGGUGACUGUGGUAGAUGCCAACGACAAUGCUCCACACUUCACUAAGAGCAGCUAUCACUUCCACAUCAAUGAGAACCAACCGGCAGGUACCGAAGUGGAUCAGGUUGAAGCAGUGGAUCCUGAUCAGGCUGCUAAUGGACAGGUCUACUACAGUCUUACUCCAUCCGGGGAUUUUACCAUUGAUGACGAAGGUGUGAUAAGAACAACCCAUCCUCUAAACCGAGAGGCUGCCUACAGCUACAGGCUGACUAUCAGGGCUGUUGAUGGUGGAAACCCUGUCCUGAGCUCCUCGGCAACCGUCUACAUCAAUGUCAAUGACCUCAACGACAACAGCCCUGUGUUUUCCCAAGAUCGUACCUACCUAGCAUCAGUGAAGGAGGAGCAACCAGCUGGGGAGUUUGUGGCAUGGAUUGUUGCCUCAGAUGCAGACAGUGGAGUCCUAGGAAAUAUCUCAUAUUCACUUAUUAAUAGUUCUCCAAAGUUUGUAAUUGACUCCUCUGGUGUGAUCAGUACCGCUGCAUCUAUCGAUAGAGAAGACAUGGACUACUACACCCUGAUUGUCUUAGCCCAGGAUGGUGGUAACCCACCCAUGCAAGCAACUGCUAGUGUCAGGGUUCGUGUCUUGGACCUUAAUGACAACGUCCCAAUCGCUGCCAUGUCUGCCUACAUUUUCACAGCCGAUGAGAACAUCCACCCUCCUACAGUGGUUGGGGUGGUAUCAGCCUCAGAUAUGGAUGUCGGGGACAAUGGCAAGAUUUAUUACUACAUCACCGAGGGCAAUGAUUUUGAUGUAUGGGAGGUGAACCACAACACUGGUGAAGUUUACAAUGUGAGGGUUGUGGAUUAUGAGUUGGCAGCUCACUAUUCCUUGACGAUCAUGGCCCAGGAUAACAGUAUCCCUCAGACGCACUCCACGUCAAUUGAUGUCACUAUCAACAUCAUCGACCAGAAUGACAACACCCCUGAUUUUGACCAGAACCUGAUCUACCUGACCUUGCAGGAAAAUGUCGGUAUCAACCAUGUUCUCUGGACAGUAUCAGCAACAGAUGCUGACUCCGGUCCCAAUGGUAUCAUUCGCUACUCAAUCCUCACUGACCAAGACUUCUUUGCAAUUGACGAGUACACUGGUACUCUUCGCACCAUACAGAAUGUCGAUCGUGAAAUCAACCAUGUUUUCCUUCUGGUCAUCCAAGCACAGGAUCAGGCUGUCAAUGUUAGCGCAAGGAGGGCAGCGACCACUACGGUGGAAAUAAGGAUCUAUGACAGCAAUGACAAUGAUCCUGUGUUUGUGUCUAGGACUUCUACAGAUGUCAUGGAAGAUGAGCCUAUUGGGUUCAAUGUGAUUCACAUCAUAGCAACUGAUGAAGACAGUGGUGAGAAUGGGAGAGUUGGUUAUAGAAUCAUCUCAGGAAAUGAGGAUGGCAAGUUCAGCUUGGAUUCUGUAACUGGUUUGCUGACAAUCGCCCACUCACUUGACCAUGAGCACAAACGAGACUAUGAACUGGACAUCCUGGCCACUGACCACGGCACUGUCCAGCGAACGGCCACCCAGACCCUCUCCAUCAGGGUGAUUGAUGUGAAUGACCAACCACCACGCUUUGAGCAGUCUAUCUACACCAUGAAUGUCUCGGAAAGCCAAGUACCUGGAACCUACGUCGGAACAGUGGUUGCCAUUGAUCUUGAUUCAGGUAUCAAUGGCAGGAUAACAUAUGAGCUACCAGAGGAGAUAGCUAGAGGACUUUUCAGAAUCAAUUCUACAACAGGAGAGAUAAGAACGAUAUCUAUCCUUGAUAGGGAACAAAGGGACUCGUAUGUUGUUACAGUAUAUGCUAUGGAUGGAGCCUUUCCUGCCCGUUAUGAUAUGGCCACAGUUCUCAUCUAUGUGAUGGAUAUUAACGAUAACAAUCCGGUCUUUGCUCCACCAACGUUUGACAUCACCCUCCCCGAGAACCAGAGUCCUGGUGUUAUCCAUAACGCCAUAGCAACGGAUGCAGAUGAGGGACCAAAUGGGGAUCUCAUUUAUGAAAUUACAGGUGGGGAUCCAAAUAAUGCCUUCUCUAUCGGUCAAUCUACCGGUGCACUAUCAACAUUGAGGGCGCUAGACAGGGAAGAUGUAGCCAUGUACAUGCUCGUCAUUACCGCAAGAGACCAGGGCACAUCACCAAGGAGUGGCACCACGACCAUCCGUGUGACUGUGACCGAUCUCAACGACAAUGACCCUGUAUUUGACACCAUGUCAUAUUACAAGAGCAUUCCAGAGAACACUGCCAUCAACAGUUCUAUUCUUACAGUAGUUGCUGAUGAUGCUGAUGAGGGGCUGAAUGGUGAUGUGUAUUAUACCAUUGAUAAUACUACCGUAGGGCUGUUUACUAUAGAUCCAGAAGAAGGAGAGAUUAUGACCACUGGUAAAUUUGACUAUGAGAAGGAGACCCGCUACACAUUCCAAGUGACAGCCACCGACAACGGCAUCUUCGGUCCUCGCAGUGAACGUGUUCAGGUGACCAUCGAGAUCAGUGACGUGAACGACAACGCCCCGGUGUUCAAGACAAUUCCCAUCAGGGCAAACGUCACCCAGAAUGCAUCUCCAAACACCUUUGUGGCAAACGUUGAAGCAGAUGACAAGGAUUCAGGAAACAAUGGAGAAGUUAAUUACAGAUUUGCCCAGCAGUCCUCGUCCUUUGCUAUUGAUACUGUCACUGGGGUUAUCACAACAAAGACCCUAAACCUUGGCAUAUUGUUUUAUCACCUAGAGGUCAUGGCCUAUGACCUUGGGUCACCAUCAUUGACCAGCAAUGGCAUUGUAGAGGUAUGGGUUGGAACAUCUGGAUCUGGAGGCUUAGAGUUUAGUCAGCCAACCUAUGUAGUCCAACCAUCGGAGGCAGCAGACAAUGGAAACGUUGUCCUGUCACUACAAGCCUUUCUUCCUGAUGGAGGUCGCUCCGAUGAUAUCUUGUACAGCCUGGUCAGUGGGAAUGAGAAUGGAGCUUUCGGGAUCCAAGUCCAAUCAGGUGGAAAUGCAAUCCUUGUGGUUGCUGACACCACCAAACUGGACUACGAGACCCAACCCAACAUUAGGCUUGUGGUUGAAGCCAUGAGGACACCUGAGAAUUCCAGCCCUAUGUACGGCUAUACAACCGUCAUGGUGGGGCUGACAGAUGCCAAUGACAAUGCACCACAGUUUGUACAGGAUCGCUAUCAGAGCAGGGUGUGGGAGGUGCCCAAUUCAGAUAUAUAUGUUACUCAGGUAUCUGCAAGUGACGCUGAUGAGGGAACCAAUGGAGCUAUCUACUAUGAGAUCACCAAUGGCAACACUGACAAUGCCUUUGCCAUUGACCAAGUGACCGGGAUAGUGACCACAGCCAAGAGCUUGGACUAUGAGAUUGAAGAUACCUAUAUACUGACCGUUAUCGCAAGGGAUGGAGGGUCACCCCAGCUGACCGGUACAGCCACCAUGAGGAUUGGUAUUGUGGACGUCAACGACAACAGACCAGUCUUUGUCUCAAUGGAUCCAGUCAGUGUUAGUGAAGAUCUAGGUGUAGGUCUAUCCGUCACCACAGUAAUGGCUACUGAUUCAGACACCAAUCCCAACAUCCAGUACAGCUUCACACCCGAUGGCAACCCUGGAGGAUACUUUGCAGUUGACCAGUACAGUGGAAUCAUUACACUGGCUCACAGUCUGGAUCGUGAGACACAGGAUCGGUACAUGCUGGAAUUGGAAGCGACGGAUACCGAGUACACCACAACCACAACUCUUGAGAUCAUUGUCACAGAUGAGAACGAUAACGCGCCUGUGUUCCGUCAAGAAUCGUACCAGGUGACUCUUCCUGAACUAACCCAGCCCAAUGUUGCUGUUGUAGCAGUGAAUGCCUCAGACAAAGACAUCGGAGACAAUGCUGUUCUGACUUACAGCUUUGUUGAAGAUCAUCAGUCAUUCUACAUAGACCCAAUCACUGGUGUUAUCUUCACUGAUCAAGUCAUUGAGUUCAACAAUGUAGAGACGACCAUCCAGCUCUAUGUCACUGCCACAGACAGUGGAACACCAGCCCUUGCAGAGUUUGUCACAGUAAGAGUAGAGAUCACGGACGUCAACAACAAUUCCCCACAGUUUGUGGAGGACAUCUACAGUGCCACUGUGUCAGAGAAUGUAUCCCUAGGCCACCAUGUCAUCACUGUGGUUGCUGAGGACUUGGAUUUGUCACCAGAGAACAGUCAGAUCAGUUACUUUAUCGAGAGUGGCAAUGAUCAAGGGAAGUUCCAGAUCAAUGCAAAUGAUGGACGUAUCACUGUUCUAGAGAGACUUGACAGGGAAGCAACAGACUCCUACACACUGAUUGUCGGUGCUGUUGACAGUGGAGAACCCAAGAACAAUGCAACUGCUGAGGUGGUCAUAGAGGUUGAGGAUGUCAAUGACCAUGCUCCCAUCUUUGACCAUGUCCAGUAUGAAGGAAGGAUUGCAGAGAAUGCUACAGUGGACACUUACAUCUUGACAGUACAUGCUUCAGAUAGGGAUAUCGGAUACAAUGGGGAGAUAGAGUACAGCAUUGUAUCGGGUACAUACAGUGAUCUCUUUGCCAUUGAUGUUACAAGUGGUGCAGUGACUGUCAGAGGAGAAUUAGACCGGGAGGAAGUUGAAACAGUUGAGUUCACCGUCCAGGCCAGUGACCGAGGUAUGGAAGACCAGCUUGCCUCUGUGGUCUUGGUCACAAUCACCAUCACUGACUUCAACGAGUUUCCUCCGUACUUCCCACAGCUAUUCUAUCACUAUGUGGUCCCAGAAAACAUGCCUGUAGAGACGUACGUCUUCACAGCAGUUGCUCUGGAUAAUGAUGCAGGGGAAUAUGGAGAGCUGACCUACUCUAUCCGAGGUCUGGGUUCCUCAAACGGAGAUGAUUUCUUCACCAUUGAUCGUGUCACAGGAGAAGUGUUCACCUCGGCAAUCUUUGACUACGAAGCCACCAACAGCUACCGCUUUGUUGUCCAAGCCCAAGACUCUGGAGGUCUAAGCAUAUCCAUUCAGACCGAGGUCAACAUCACUAGCAUGGAUGAAUUCCCUCCAGUAUUCAAUGAUCAGGAAUACAACUUUGAAAUUGGCGAUGGAGCGGAUACUGGUGAUUAUGUUGGCCAGGUGACGGCUACCGAUGCUGAUGGUGGUGAGGAUGGCAUGGUGAUCUAUAGUCUCGUUCAUGAGUUCUUUUACAUAGAGGCCUCCACAGGAAUCAUCAGGGUUUCAAAGCCUUUGAACUCCAGUGCUAGGAAGAGGAGAGGGUUGGAAGAUCGAUUCUUGCAUAGAUCCAGACGAGAUAUAGACCUCAGUGCCCAGAACAACUUUGCUCUCCUGAUCACAGCCAGUACUGGUAAACCUGGUUCCUUGACAGAACGUACAACUGCUGCAGUCUCUGUAGUUAAUGCUGCUUCCCCCAUUCCUGUUUGGGUUAUUGCGAUUGUAGUUGUAGCGAUACUUAUCAUCCUCGUUUUUGUUGUAAUUGGGAUUAUAUUGGUAUGCAGGCAACGCAGGAGAAGACAUAAAAAGGAGGCUCAGGCUGACAAACGUAGUGUGACUGGAUCAAUGUCUCCACGUUCCUAUGAUGUAACCUUUGACCCUGUUGAAAUGGGAGCGCAAGGUAUGGUCAACCACGGUAUGAACUCUUCAGGUCACUUCCCUCACAGGCAGCUCUAUGGCAUACCAGGUUCUGGUGGUGGUAUGGGCCACACCAACAUCUCUGAACCAUCCAACUCUGCUUCCAGCGGGAGAGGCUCAACAACCAUGGAGGAUGAGGAGAUUCGGCGAAUCAAUGAGGGUGGGGUGGGAGCUCCAAAGAACAGCGUCCGGGAGAAAGUCAUCGAUUCCGGUAUUGCACAGGAUCACGAGGAUGGAAGUGUUUCUGAUAUAAAUUCUCCAAGAGAGAAGCACCUGAAUUACUUGAACUCAACAAGUGUGGAAAGCAUGCAUGUAUUUGGUGAGGAAGGCGGUGGGGAAGCUGGGGGUGGUAUUGACAUCGGUCAUCUUAUCUAUCAUAGGUUAGAUGAGGUUGGGGCAGAGGAAGACGAUGCCAUCAUGGAUGGAACCAGAUUGUUUGGAUUCACUGAAGAUGGCCAUCCUUCUAUGGCAGGCUCACUGAGCUCUAUUGUAAAUAGCGAUGAAGAACUAUCAGGGAGUUACAACUGGGAUUAUUUAUUAGACUGGGGACCACAGUUUCAACCUUUGGCACAUGUUUUUGCCGAAAUUGCCAAGCUGAAGGAUGACACGGUGGCAAAGAGGCAAACAACAGAUCCCAGGCUGCAACAGAAAAAGAGCUUGCAUGCCAACGUGAAGAACUAUCCACCACCUUUAUUAACGAACACUCCGCAGGGCCCUAUCAAGCCUGUAGCACACCGAGUGCUGAAUAAUACCUCUAUGUCAAACCAUUCCCAACACUUGCCAAGAUCACCUGUUGUUCAAGAGAGCGCUUUUGUACCCGCUGUCGUCUCUCCCGACCUCUCCCCUUCGCUCUCACCUCUUGCCCCAGGUUCAACUUCCCUUUCGCCACUAGUCACAUCAACAGGGGUCAGCUCACAGAGCAGUAGGGUGACGUCAGGCACAACCACACCCCAAAGAAUGCACUACGGUGGGGGCAUUGUCUUCACCCACCCUACGGCAAAUGAUGAAGAGAUCCAAAUAUAAUUCACUUGAACAUUCCAUUUGUCUCAUGAACCCUAUGCAUUGACAACUCUGUAUCUGUUGCAUUAUGUGAUGCACAUUUUGACUUUAGUUAUAUUCCUUUUGUUUUGUUCCCAUUCUGUUAUUUUUCACAAAUUUAAUUGUAAUUGUAUUCAUAUCAAUUAUUGUCAUGGCAUUGUGAGUGUCGGGUUAGAUGAAUGUGAUGGUGCUUAUACACUAGAAGGUAGCAGGCUUUAACUAAUGUGAACUACUUGCAUGUAUUUGAAAAGUAAUUUCAAUACCAGUUAUUGAAAAAUAUAUGAAAUGAGUACUGCAGCAGAUCUUACUUGUCCAGUUUUACCUUGCAUAAAAUGUGCCUUGAGUGCUCGUUGCUGCAGUUAAAUUGUUUCUUCACACAGUUGUUUUAGCAUGAGUGUUUCAUUGCUUUUUAGGUAUUGUAAAUACUAUUUGCUCAAAUUCCACUCUAUGUAUUGUAUUCAUCUUAAAUUGUUAAAAAUCAAAAUUUUAAAAGAGAAUUCUAAGAAACCUUGAUCUUGUCUAGUAUAAAUGAACUUUGAAUACUGGUUUAAAUGGAUGCAAGCAAGCCAUUUAAAAUUCUCAUUCUUUGAGAAGUAUUGAAUCUUUGUGAUGUGUUACACAUCAAAUUUGUGUUGCAUUUGUAUUUUCAUGUCAAUUAAACAUUGUUGUCUAUAGACAAGCAAUUUUUGUUAGCACUUGAUGUAUAAAUAAAUUGAAUCCUCAAUUAUUGUGAAUUUUAAACAUCUCAUUUGAAAUAACUUGGACGUUAUGUAUUUAAUGUUAAUUACUUGCAAUUAAUUUUGACAAAAUUGAGUUGUUUUAUCAACUGCUAACUGUGCGUUGCUCUUUUCUUGUAUUGUUGUUGAAUAUUAGCACUUGUAUGAAUUGCGCAUUGGAGCACUUUCAAAGAAAUAUUGAAAACUUGUGCUGCAUGAACUAUCUCUUUUUAAUGUGCGCACUCUUUCAAAUUUUUAACAUACUGAAAAAUAUUUCAGUAAACCUUGAUUUUGCAAGUUAUUUUUACUGCACUAUUGAAUAUCAUCAAAAAAUGAUGCUUGCUUGCAUCCUAUAUAUGACUUGAGUUGCUCUCACUCUAUAUAGAGCAGUGGUCAGUUUGUCAGUGAUGGUUGAGUGACCAUCUGGACAAUUCUUAACAGAAAUUCUUGAAAUGAUUCUUGUUCGGUCAUUUAUCGUUACGUGAAACACAGUCAUUUUAUUUUUAAUCCAGCAUUGAUGUCUUCUGCCAUAAUACUUUACAAGGCAAAUGUAUUCUAACUUAAUGAAAAACAACAAGAUUGCAUUUUUUUUAAAAGAAUUAACUAAACAUAAUGCUUGUGUUGAUUUAAAAGCCCAUAUACUUAACCAUCUAAUAUUUUGUGAAUAUCACGGACGUUUUGAAGAUCAGCCUUUGGCUGAUGUACAUGUACUGUGUUGAAAUAAAAUAAAAUGAAAAAUGAAUUAAACAGUUCUCUUUCAGUCAAUAAAGGUCUACAAAGCUGCGUUAUGGUCUCAUACAUCUGCAUUAUUGCAGUACUUCUGUCCAGAUUUCUCAUUGGUCACUUUAAAUGUCAUUGACCUUCAUGACAGACACUUGACCGUUGCUGAAUCGUGAAAGCAACUUAAGUCGUCUGAUCAGUAGGAUUUCUUGAGUAACAUUAAACUUAGAAUAAGUCAACUAUAUGUUCAUAUUUGAAUGCAUUUUUAUCCUGUACAUUACACUACCAGUACCAAUACUGCUUUGCAGUUCAUAUGUAAAUGUAGCAAUAUUGUUCAUGAUAAAGCUCCUUAUAUAGCAUUUUAGAAACACAGUAAUUUUAUUUUUAAUCCAGCAUUGAUGUCUUCUGCCCUAAUACUUUACCAGGCAAAUGUAUUCUAACUUAAUGAAUAACAACAAGAUUGCAUUUUUUUUAAAGAAUUAAUUAAACAUAACUUUUGUGUUAACUAAAAGCCCAUCUACUUAAUCAUCUAAUAUUUUGUGAAUAUCAAAUUUGAUCUUCUUAAAAGAUAAUGGUGAGACUUAGGAAGGGAUGUUUUGCCCAGAGCUUUUUAAUAUCGAUGGUGAAAAAAACCCAUCUUAUAAACAAUAUUCUAUUGUAUUCAAUCUAAUGAAUAGUAUUCAAAUUAGUAAUUCAUUCACUUCAUAUGAAACAGUCACAAUUGUCAUCCAUAUAUUAAUAAGAAAUUUGUUUAUUGGUUAUAAGAAGUACUGAAAGUUGCUAAAAAUAUUUUCUUGCUUGAAAUAUCCCAUAACUGUUAUCCGAGAACACAGUACUAACUUUUACAUUCAUCACAAUAGUACUGAAUACAACAGAGUACAAUGUUUUUCAAAUUGUGAUUAAUUUUAUAACAUCAGUAAGAACUUACCACUUUAAAAGUACUUACAUUUCUACCACUAUUUAGGGUUCAUUGUGCAUGAUGUUCUGUACAUUGCAUCAGAUAUAUAUAUGUAACUGUGAAAUAAACAUAUGUUCAUGACAGGGUUUUUAGCUUUUUGAAAAUGAUGUAAAAUAUUAGCAGCAGUAUAACCUGCUUCUGCUGCUGAGGUUCACCCUAAAUUUGAUGAAAUAAAUUCUAUUUUGCAGUAAGUUGUACAAGGCCAUGAUUCUUAUGCAGUAUUAAUACAAGCUUUGGAAUUGUUAGUUGUUAAAAAAUGUGUCUUCCAACACAAUAUGUACCACCUAUUCAUGUCCUUGUUGUGGAAUCACAUUGUAUUUUCUUCCUGAUGUGAGAAAUUUAUGGUCAGUGAUCUUCAGUCUUAUGUAAAUGUGGAUAUAAGGAUUAGGAUGUCCAUUAUUUGUAAAGCAGUUACCAAGUGUCUCUGUCACUAAGUUUUCAGAAGUUCCUGGAAAUCUCACAAAUACAUCUGUUAAUGUUAUAACAAAUGUGAUUCGUGACUAUUUUGGUUUACCUUGUUUCAUUAUGAUUAGGCUAUGAAUGGUACUCCAGACCCUGACAUAUUAGAGACCUCAUCCACGUAAGUAUGUGAUGAUACUCAAAAAGGAGCUUAAAGCAAUGCAUGUACUUGAGGCAAUCGGAAAAGGGGGAAAAUCUAUCUUUUAUGAAUGACAUUCUGGUCACCCAGCAUAAUAUUGGUUGAAGCAUACUCCUAUUUAGGAUGUAUUGUCACAUGUAGAAUUACAAUAGGAUUUAGAUGAAGGCCUGUCUUACAUUCUUCCUUCAAUACCAGAAAGACAUAACCUCUAUGCUUUGUCAGAGACUUCAAACCUUUUUGCACUUCACUACACUAUUGAUCUAGGGUUUUAAAUAACAGUAUAGCUGUCUGUAUAACAGUAAACUUCCAUGAUAUUACAGUGGUACAACAUUUAUAGAAAUCAUUGAUGAUAUUCAUUAAUCUACUUAAUUGGUAACGUAUAAUUUAGAAAUUCAAAUUUAUUAUUAAAUUAUAUCAGGGAUAAAAGGAAUAUAAACUAUCACAGUGGAUGCAUAUUGAGCCUUGAAAAUACAAUUUUUGCUUGGGUUCUCAAAGUUAUAAGAUUUGUAAUGCUACAUUAAUUUAAACUAAUUGUAAACAAAACUUAUACAGUUAACUGUAUCUUUUAGAUAAAACAAAAGUCAAUUAUGAACUUCAUAGCAGGCACUCUCUUUUAUUAAUUUGAUAUGAAAUAUCAGAAAUUGUUUAUUAAGAGGUUUUUGUUUUCCAAUACGUGAUGUUGGAACUCUGUUAAAGGGAUCAUUUCUUUUUACAAUUUUUUAGCACUUGAAUUUUAGCAUUACAAUAACAGGACCAUAUGUAGCAAUAUAAAAACUAACCUUUGAAUUCAUCAAUACCAAGUGGACCAAGCCUGCUUGGUUUGUUAUAUAUGUUUAUCUUUGAAAAUGUGUUUUUACCAAAGCCUUUGUGUUCAUUGUUUUGAAAAUAUUUACAUAUUUAUUUGUAUUCAUUCAUUGAAGGAACCCUCGUUUCCUUUGAAAUUUUAUUCAUGUGAAAAUGUAUUCAUAAAUGACUUUGCUUUGAGAGGUAUUGUUAUUACAUUGGUGUAUAUAUUGAGAAUUUGUCUUUUCCUGAAGCCAAAUAAAGAAAUUUAUACUUA